UUUACUUCGUAAAUGAAGGGAAAGAAGAACGAAAAGAAGAAGGGGAUCCAAAUAAAGUCCACGUGAUAGACGGUGGCGAUCUCGUGCAUACGCAAUAGGCUAUCACACGUGUUGACGUGUACAUAAGUUCUCGGACACGAGCGAGAGCUAACCGCGUGAAAACAGAGUCGGCAGUAGUAAUAAAGGAUUAUAAAAGAGAAUGGCGAUUCCGGCGGGGAGAAAAGGCGGAGGAGGGAUGUCGAGGACCGUACUGAUUACAGGGGUGAGCCGAGGACUGGGAAGAGCCCUGGCGUUGGAGAUGGCGAAGAGGGGGCACACGGUAAUAGGAUGCGCACGGUCGCAAGAUAGAAUCGCCUCCUUACAAGCCGAGUUCUCUCAGCAGGAAGACCCUUCCAAGCAUCUUCUCAUGGAUAUCGACAUUAGGUCAGAUAGCAACAUUGAGGAGCUUGCACGGCUUGUGAUGGAGAAAAAGGGAGUCCCAGAUAUCAUAGUUAACAACGCAGGUACUAUCAAUAAGAACAAUAAGAUCUGGCAAGUGCCAGCGGAAGAGUUCGAUUCUGUUAUAGACACCAAUAUAAAGGGUACGGCAAAUGUACUGCGUCACUUCCUUCCACCGAUGAUAGAAAAGAAGCAAGGGAUUAUUGUCAAUAUUUCAUCUGGUUGGGGAAGAUCUGCAGCUGCGGAGGUUGCACCUUAUUGUGCUUCAAAAUGGGCAAUUGAGGGCUUAACACGGUCAGUGGCAAAGGAGUUACCACUUGGUGUGGCAAUUGUUGCACUUAGUCCUGGUGUGGUGAACACUGAAAUGCUUGCAUCAUGUUUUGGCAGUUCUGCUUCCCUAUAUCAAACGCCCGAAGCAUGGGCUCCGAAAGCAGCUAUGAUGAUACUUAACCUGACGACAGAAGACAAUGGUGCGUCUCUGACCGUGUGAUGAUGACUGAGCAUGAGCACCUCAACAAUGAUAUGUGAACAAAUGUACUUCCCUUGUAGUGGGUAUUUUUAUAGAUUGGAAUUUGAUUUAAUUCUAGUUGAGGCAAUACAAAAUGAAAUUUACAAGAUGAGAAGGUUUCUGUCA